CCUUCUCUUUCAGCGUGUGCGCUUAAGAUUAGUUCUUCUAUUAGCAAGGAAAGUAAAGUUGAAAAACCUACAAUCUAUCUCAUACUCCAAUAUUUUAAGUACAUGAAAAAUUGCAAGUUGUUGGUGCAACGUUCUUACACUGAAACAAGCUCUCGAAGUUAGAUAAAUCUUGAGAAUCCAGCUCUUGUCUGCAAACAAAUCUAAGGAUCUUUUGAAGAUUGACAUCAGACAGGAAUUGAAAAAUUGAGGCUAUACAAAGCAACGUAUAUACCUACUAUUAAGCUACCUCCCUUUCACUUUCAUUCUGUUUCAUCUGAACAAGAAUGAACUUUACAACUAAGAAGUCUGUCUUCCCAUUAUACUUUCAUCUCCCGUCAAAAAGAAAAGCUUCAUACCACGACGUGAAAAAAUGUCGGGAUCUGCUCCGCAAAUGAACAUUUUCGGCUUUCAGGAUACCGAUAUCCCGUUGGCACCACCUUUUGCGGUCAUUUUGUGCAAUAUUUUUACCGUAUUUCUCGCUAAGGGGCCUCUGAAAUGGAAGAUGCCACUGUUUCCUCCGGAGACUACAACUUUGAAGUUAUGCAAAGAAAGGACCAAUGUAGGAGGUCGUACAUUAUUCAUUGUUUGUUGACACCCCUCAUCACGUAUCAACAUAUCAGCCAUAGGCAUCGAGUUGACGAGGAUGAAGAUAGUCUUACGCAGAUUAGAUAAGCAUUGAUAAAUUGUUACCUCCAGCCACAGCGAGCAGACUGUGACUGUGGUACAACGUCCUAGUUGUAGACCUACGACUUCAACUUGUACUCCUCUAAUCCGGAAGCGCUUGGUUGUUGCUUCCGUUUUCGCCGCUGCGAUCGCUUAUCAGUUCUACCUGUGCAAGGUAUCGCUGCAUUCUACGGGUAGUGGUAUUGCGUUCACGCCUGUGGAGGGCAUCACGCGCAGUGGCCCGUAUGCCUACUCGCGCAACCCGCUUUACCUCCAGUUUUUUGUCGAAAUUAUACUAUGAUAGGAAAAAGUGUACUCAGUCAUCCUCACAGAAUUAGCUUCUUGCCUAUUUGAAUCCUAGCUAAUUUUUUCUCGAGAAUGAGCACAACGAGAACACUUUUUCCUUUCAUAGAUACCUUUGAUGGCUUACAUUUCGAACUCGCGGUGGGUCUUUUUUUGGCAUUUCCCGGUCAUGCUUCUUUACCUCACAAUGGUCGUCGUUCCCGCGGAAGAGGCCUUUCUACUGAAGCACCACGCGAGCACCUACACAGAUUACUACAACACUGUGCCAAGAUGGUUUUGA